ACAUUUUUGCCAAUUAGGGAGAGUCUUCAUCAAUCGCGGAGACGAAAACGAACUAGACAUUCUCAAGGACUAAUACUUCAGGAAAGAACUCGUAUCAACAUUGAUAAUGACCUCAACGAUGAAGAAUUAUCAUCAAAAGAGAAUAUCUCAAUAUUUUCGUCGCCUUAA